ACGGCCGCGCUCCUCCACCGUGCGCCCACACCCAACCUGCACCGUCUGCUGUAUCGGGAGGCAGCGGCAGCCCCGCAGUGUACGCAGGACAUUGUGCUGGCAGUGCGGCUGUUUGUGGAGCUGUGAGCGGCCUCGGCUGUGUGCGCGCAUCAGCCUCCGGUGGAAACAUCUCUUCUCAUUCAUUCUGCCCGCUGCACCGAAGGCUUGUGCGCUCUGCGGCGGCUGCGGGCAUCAUCACCAUCAUCAUCCAUGUCCUGUCAGUGUGGAUAGUGGCUUAUUUACUGUGCAUCAUCUGACUGGAGAAGACGUCUGACUGCCUGGCACCAUGAGCAGCACUGUGUUUCAGCAGCAGGCUGUCCACAGCCCUCUGGAGCAGCAGAAGCAGAAGCAGAAACAAGGUGGAGGAGGACCGAUUCCCUGUCAGAACUGCAGGAAGCCCUGCAAAGGGGAGGCUCUCCGAGUUCAGAACAAACACUUCCACAUCAAGUGUUUCGUCUGCAAAGUGUGUGGUUCUGAACUGGCCCAGGGAGGCUUCUUUGUGCGGCAAGGCGAAUACAUCUGUACUCUGGACUACCAGCGGCUGUACGGGACUCGCUGCUUCAGCUGCCAGGACUUCAUCGAGGGCGAGGUGGUGUCGGCUCUGGGCAAGACCUACCAUCCCCGCUGCUUCGUCUGCGCCUCGUGCAAACAGCCGUUCCCAGCCGGCGACCGGGUGACAUUUAACGGGAAGGAGUGUAUCUGCCAAAAGUGUACCCAGCCUCUCCCUGCCAACAGCCCUGCGCCCAUACAGGCUGUCCACAACUGCUGCGGCUGUGGGAAGGAGUUUAAGAAUGAACAGUCUCUCGUAGCGCUGGACAAGCACUGGCACCUGGGCUGCUUCAAGUGUAAAGUCUGCAACAAGGUGCUCAACGCAGAGUACAUCAGCAAGGAUGGGAUCCCCUACUGCGAGAUGGACUACCACGCCAUGUUCGGCAUCCAGUGCGAGAGCUGCAAGAAGUACAUCACUGGGAAAGUCCUGGAGGCUGGAGAGAAGCAUUACCACCCCACAUGUGCCCGCUGUGCCCGCUGUGAGCAGAUGUUUGCAGAGGGAGAAGAAAUGUAUCUGCAAGGAUCUUCUAUCUGGCAUCCUCCAUGCAGACAAGCAGCCAAGCAGGAGGAGAAGAGUAAGGUGACCCGGACUUCAUCUGAGAGCAUCACUUCAGUCCCAGCGUCCAGUGCCUCUGGAUCUCCCAGCAGAGUCAUCUAUGCCAAACUAGGAGAGGAGAUGUUGGAUUACAAGGACCUGGCAGCCCUUCCAAAGACCAAGGCCAUCUACAACAUCGACAGGCCCGACAUGUUGUCCUACUCUCCGUACGUCAGCUACCCGUCUGAGGAGAGGCACUACGGAGAGUCCCCCCAGCUGCUUUCUCCUACUCCUACUGAGGGUGAUGGGGAGAAGUCGCCCCGUCAGCGGAGGCCCUCCAGCCCCAGCUCCAACAGCUCCCUGGGGGGCUACGGACGCUACACCCCGUCCCGUUCCCCCCAGAACUACAGUCGGCAAGGGUUCAAACAGGACCCCCUACCUGACCCUAAACCUAGGACCUCCCUGCAUCUCAGUUUACCUCCUCCUAACGGUAGUGAAAGUGGUCGGAGUACUCCCAGCUUAUCCACCUAUUCUGAUGGCAAAUCCCCCUCAUCUGCUUCUACAUACGUGGCUGCUCCCCGGCAUUUCCACAUACCAGAGACUAUGGUCAAAGAUAAUAUCUAUAGAAAACCCCCCAUCUACAAACAGCAUGCUUCUAGAACAUCCUGGCAGGAUGGUGAUGAUAGCAAGAGGACCAGCUGGAUGAUUUUGAAGAGUGAGAUUGAUGGACAGAUGGGUCCAGAAGACAUGGAUCCUCGCAAAUCGACCUGCAGUUUGCCUACCGACACCUCCCAGCCUAAUUUCCCCUACAAUAAGUCUGCAUCUUUACCCGGCUAUGGAAGAAACGGCAUCUACAAGGCUGCUGAGAUGGUGGAAGAUGAAGUGGACCCAGACUCCCAGAGCUGGGGAGGCAUGAGAGGUGAGAUGGAACACAAACUGGAGCUGUUAAUUUUCAGCUCUUAUCUAACCCUUUGAUAGGUGCAUCAGCAAAGUCCCUGAUAUACAGCACAUACAGCACAUCUAGUUAAAUCUCUAGACCCUUCCGUGAUAAUAAAUUAACAAAAUGGAUAAAAUAUUAGUCCUCUAACUUUGUAUCUCUCUCCUACUGAUCAGACUACAGUUAAACAUCCUCUGUAAUUAGCAGGAAGUGGCUGCUGCCAAACAUCGUCAUGGAAAAUACCAAGAUGUCUGUUGGUUUCUUGCUUUAUGCAGUGACAUUCUACAAAGGACUUUAACCACAACCAUUAAUUUGUGUUAACUUUUCUUACUUUAUGUGUCCUAAAAUUAGAGAAGCAUAGCAAUAUGAGAGAAAAUUGUUGCAAAUUCCUUCCUUCCAUCUCCUAAAAUGUAUGGGACAACAGAUGGAAAUUAGCCUUGAGCUAAAUCUGGCAUAUUUACAUCGCUGUAUGUUCAUUAAUAUGCACUGUCCCAUUCAAAUAAAAUAAUAAAUGAAAUGAAAUGAAAAUGAAUAAAAUUUUUAGUUUCUUUAGUUUGUUUAACAGUAAACUGAAUAUCUUUUGCCUGCAUUUUGACAUGUUGGUUGGAUGAAACAAGCAAUUUGAAUAUGUCAUCUUGGAGUCUGGGAAGUAUGGUGGCCAUUUUUAUUGUUUCUGACACACGACUGACCAAACAAUUCAGGUACAGCUUUACAGCUGUUCUGCAGUUUAAUCAACUGGACAACUUUUUUGAUUGUAAACCACCCUUUGGCUUCAGACAUUGAAGCACUAAAAGAAAGCCUGCAUCGAUAAAGGUUUUACAAAGUCUUCGUCUGAAUACCAAUUCAGGUGAAAUAUCUUUUGUGUAUUGCAGCUGUUAAUACUUUUGACAGAUUAGGGGAUUUGGUAUGAUCAUCAAGUACAGUCCUUGAUUGGUUCAGAUCUUUCCUUGAAGGUGGGGCCCGUUACUUAUCACAAAUGUGAGCUGUGGUGUUCCCCAGGGUUCGAUACUUGGGUCUCUGCAGUUUCAUUCACAAAGAGUGUCGUCUGUCUCCAGAGAAGUUACUGAAGUCAUUUAAAAUUAAUGUAUAUGUAGAACUGAAACCAUGAUGUUUUAUCAUACACUAUCGGUCAAAAGUUUUAGAAAGCCCCAAUUUUUCCAGUUGUUCAUUGAAAUUAAAGUACUUCAAGUCCAAUAGAUAGCUUGAAAUGGUCCAAAGAUAAGUGGUGAACUGCCAAAAGGCCUUUUUCAGGGAACAAGAAAUAAGUUAACAACUUACAGGUGUUCUGCAGCAAUGGAGGUUGAUCAAGACUUGAAAGUUGGUGCUACCAAGUCCUUUGAUAUUAUUUGAACAGUAUUGUACUGCAGAAAGUAGUGUGUUGCUAUAAAAAUGCUCCAUUGUACACCACCAUAACACUUAAAAAUGCCGGUCUAUCCUACAGAGAAAUUGCAAAGAAAGUCAAGGUGUCAGUGAAUACAGGCACUCAGAAACUGGGGGAAACUCUGACAUGUUUCUACAUACAUACAAUGCAUUUUCAUUUUAUUUUUAACUUCAUUUAUUUUGUUGUUCUAUGCUUUCAUUUCAGAAUACAAUAAGACAUUAACAUGUAUAACUUCCAAUGAAAAAAUGGAAAAAUUGGGGUGUUCUAAAACUUUUCACUGGUGGUCUACUUCUAUGAACAGCAGGCUUUGAUUUUGUUGCCAUUACCAACAAAAAACAAUAGAAUGUAGCCUUGCUAAUUUAGACUUUUUCUAACAGAAAUGCAACCACUCCAGUAUCAGUCACCUAAUGUUGCCAAUCCCCAAAACUUUCCCUCCAGAUACCAGCAUCAGCUCAGCUAUAAACACAUAAAAGACAAUAUAAUCCUCCCUCUAAGUGCGGUGUCUAAGGUCAGUUUAUAAUCAGUGAUAACACCGCAUAUACAUUGUGACCACGCAUGCGGAGUCCUGCUGCUCUGGCUCCAGAUCGGUUACUGGAGGUAACAGUGUGGAGGGAUGAUGUCAUUUUUCCAGCUGCAGAAUUAUAGCGGCGUGUUUACAAGUGCAUGUGUGUACAGACCUGGCUGUAUCUGAGGCGAAGAGCGACUUGACGGGACUCCAAACCUCGUAACGGUGUGUGUGUGCGUGUGCAGAGCAGCCGUUUAUGAUGCUUUCUGACGCCUUUGAAACCUAAUAUUUCUGAGUUUUGGGUCCACGAGGUGUAAUUUAUUUUCAAGCUCUAUUAUGCUAGUUUUCAUAAUAGGUCUGCAAUUCAAAUAAAAACGAAUUGUUCCACCAGAUUAAUUCUCUCUGUCUCUCUCUCUCUCUUUUCCUCCUCAGAGUACAAGGUAAGAGUUUGUCCAUACUUUACAAAUAUACUUUAAUAUUCUUGGCAGCUUUGUUUGGACAUUGGAUUAUAAUUGUAUUCCCUAAUAAAUCUCCCACAAUGCUUACUUUGUGUGUGCCAGGUCUACCCUUAUGAAAUGCUGUCAGUGACGCAUAGAGUGAAAGUGAAGCUUCCCAGAGACGUAGAUCGCACCAGACUGGAGAGACACCUAUCUCCUGAGGACUUCCAGCAGGUUUUCGGCAUGACUCUGGAGCAGUUCGACCGCCUGGCUCUCUGGAAGAAGAACGACAUGAAGAAGAAGGCACGCCUUUUUUAGACAGAAAUUCAAAAAAGAAAAAUAAUAAUAAUAAAAAAAAUGCCGAGCAACAUCUCUACAAGCAUCUGGAAGGAAACAUAGAACAAAAAACAACCCAUCUGAAAUAUCUAUAUAUGCACCGCCAUGAUACCUACUUUCCACCUGUAAAACGCCAUGCCGUCUGCCUGUGAAGCCGCGGAGAGGCGCUCCGUGUGGGGACAUUGUCACCAGGCAGCCUCUAUAGCUUUUUGUAUGCAGUGUGGUCCGAAUGUUCGACUGACAGCCUCGCAGAAGAGGACGAGGAGCUGCGUUUGCAUGGCCUGUGUUGAUGCUCCUCGCCUCCCAUGUGGUUUCUGCAUCCGCCCCCCUCACCCUUCUCCCCCCGUCCAGACGCUUUCGUACACCCUGACGAUAAAAGAAACAGCUUUUUCUAAUUCUCCUGCAGGCCUUCCUCCGAUUUUCUGUGGUUCUGACUGUUUUGUGUGCUCCUUCUCUGUCAGGUUUGUUGGUCGUCAUAUGUUGGCUUUCUCUCGCUGUUGUCCUCUUCCCUGCAUCGAGCGGCUGUUACAUUUUCAUUUUUUUACGCCCUCGCCAUUACAUUAUUACAGCGAAGAGACUUGUGCACAUUCGCUGUUCAAGCAUGUCAAGGCCAAAGACAGGGUUUAGAAACAGCUUCUCUGGUCUUUUACUUCAAAAACUGUCAAGAAGCACCUUAUCAUGCGCUUUUGUUUUGGAUUUUCCUUCGUGCUCUUUCCAGCCAGAGAGGUAGUUUUGAUAGAGCGGCUCCAUAUCUUACACAAACCUCUCGUAAAUCAGCACAGAUAGCAGAGCUGGGAGCUGGAGAUCAGCCACAACAUGGCAGAGAAUCACAGGGAUUUAAGCAAAAAAAAAAAAAAAUAAAUAAAAAAAAGGAAAGGCUUCAGGGUGUUCAGAGGUGUCAAACAUGCAGCGUUGCCAGAGUGACAUGCGCUCAAACCGACUACAAAUCAAAUGAAAUUAUUUUUAUAAGCUAUUUUUGACUUCUUCCGGAAAGGAUCAUUAAACCAAUCACGAGACGCAGCCGAGAGAAAUCACGAUUUUGUUACCAGGGAAAAAUAAGUGCCCAUGCCGACUUUGUUAAGCUUCGCAGACCUGCAGCAGCACUUAAAGCAUCACAAGUGAGGUCUUGCUUGAUUUGAAAAAAAAACAACUCAAUACUCUAACUGUGUUAUAUCUUCUCAGACAGAGGUUUAACUCUUUAUAUGUUUGUCGUUUGGAAGCAUUGUCGCGUACCGUAAAAGCUACACUUUUAAGCUGAAGUCCGUCAGCUUUGCUUGAUUUCUCUGGACCGUAAAUCGAUCAACUUGCCAACUAACAUACCGUAAGAUGUAUGUGAACAUAUACUGGACAUAUACCAGAUUUAUCUGUCUGUAUACAAGCCAUGGUGUAUAACUCUUUAGGCAUGCAUGAGGAUGGGAACAUGGGGUUCGUCCACUGACCUCAUAUUAGAAAUGUAUGAAAACAUUAUCAUCAAUGUGGUUUGAGUGAUUGAUUAUUUUGUGGUCAAAUUUUUAAAAAAAAAUGCCCGGAUCAGCUGCUUACAUUAGCUUGUGUUAGGUAUAUUUAUUUAAUUGCAAAUAUUAAGGAAGGGAUUUUAUUUUGAAAUCUUAAGGGUGUAGUGUCACAUGCAUCACAGAGAAGAGUGCUUUUUUUCUUUUAAAGAGAAACAUAUCAAACUUUGAGUUUAAUCUGAGUGUCAAAACAAAUGUUGCUCAUGUAAGUAACACACUAACUGUUGUCAUAAGUCGUCAUGUCCUCUUUCUAAUAUCCAUCUGCUAUUAAAGUGCUUUAUCCAAACUA